AUGGCGGACGCUGCUGGCGAUGCUAAGCCUACCCCAGCCGCUGAGCAGACUGCCUCUUCCGAUCUGAAGCCCGCAGUCGCCGAAACCAAGCUGGCUACCAAUCCCAUCGGCGACGAGUCCAAAGAAGCCCCCGCUGGCGAAGGUCAAACUUCCACCGUGACCGACACUGCUACUGCCGCCGCUACUAAUGUCGCGAGCACCGCUUCUUCUGCCGCCGCUGGUGUGAAGGACUCGGUCUUUUCCAUGUUUGGAGGGGGCGCUAAGAAAGAGAAAAAGGCGGAGGAAGAAGAUGAGGAUGCGAAGAAUGAGCCCAGUGGCUCAUCGAAGGCGAAGAAAGAUGAUGACGAUGAUGACAAGGUCGACGAGGAGGAGGCUGAUGUCCACUUUGAACCCGUGGUCAAGCUCACGGAGCAGGUGGAGACGAAAACGCACGAGGAGGCCGAGGAGGUCGCUUUCAAGAUGCGCGCCAAACUCUUCAAAUUUGACCGCGACAGCCGCGAGUGGAAGGAGAGAGGCACUGGUGACGUCCGCCUGCUCAAGCACAAGGAGAAUGGCAAGACCCGUCUCGUCAUGAGGAGAGACAAGACCCUCAAGGUCUGCGCCAAUCACUACGUGACCCCUGACAUGAAACUGUCGCCCAACGUCGGCAGCGAUCGCAGUUGGGUCUGGAACGUUGCCGCCGAUGUCAGUGAGGGUGAGCCAGAGGCCAGCACCCUUGCCAUCAGGUUCGCCAACUCCGAAAAUGCCAAUCUCUUCAAGGAGGCCUUCAUCAAGGCUCAGCAGGAGAACGAGAAGCUCUUCACCUAA